AUGGCGGCUUAUGCAGCUCUGGUUUCCCUUAUGCAUAUCAUAGAUCGCCUUGAAAAUCAUCCUUCCCCUCCAAUUUCUAUCGAUAAAGAACAAGUUGAAUCUCUCACUCAAAUUGUUACCUUCUUGCAGGAUUUUCUUGAUGCUUAUAUUUCCCCAGUUGUGGAUGACCAUGAAGCGGAUCCAUUGGAGCGUCGCAUUGCUGAUGCAGUUUACGCAGCUGAGGAUGUCAUCGAAUCCCAAAUUGUGCUUCAAAUUCAUAACCGAUCCACAAUUAUUGGAAGAUGUCCAGUUGACAACCGAUCCACAAUUCGUAGGAAGAUGUCCAGUUUUAUCAACUUGUUUCGAGCUCGGUGUAAAUGCUCAACUAUUGAGGAGGACUUCUACCACGAUCUACAACAAGUGAUAGAAGCAAUGAAUUUGAUCAAGAACGAAGCCAUGGAGACUGCAAUCGCAGCUGAUCAACUGCAGAGAAAGGUCUCGUCGAGUACUCAUGCUGGUUCCACUUCCACUGUGAAGGAAAGCAUGAUGUUGGGCUUCGACGAGGUGUUUCUUCAAGUGCUGGAUAGGCUCACCGGAGGUCAACGCAGUCGCCAAAUCAUCCCAAUCAUGGGGAUGGGCGGCAUUGGUAAGACCACUCUUGCCCGACAUGUAUUUGAGCAUGCGCUUGUUAAACAACAUUUUGAUAUUUGUGCUUGGACUACGAUUUCUCAAACUUAUAAUGUGAGAGAAACACUUAGAGAAGUUCUUUUCCAAGCAAGUGGGGAUUCGAGUAGUGAUCUGAGUGAGGGCGAAUUGGGAUUAAAACUAUACCAGUAUUUAUGGGGUAGGAGGUAUCUCAUAAUUAUGGAUGAUAUUUGGAGUAUAGAGGUGUGGGACAAGAUCAGGUCUUCCUUUCCUGAUUGCAAUAAUGGGAGUCGAAUAAUUGUAACAACUAGGCUCUCAAACUUGACUUCGCAGUUGGGUGAGUCUUAUGGCGUUGGUAUGAGAUUUUUAGAUGAGGCUAGUAGUUGGGAUUUGUUCUGCAAGACUGUGUUUGGGGGAGAAAGCUUUCCUCAUGAGUUGGAGGAUAUUGGAAAGAAAAUUGUAGCAAAUUGUAAAGGGCUUCCUUUAUCAAUUGCUACAAUUGGAGGUCUUUUGGCAAAAUCUGAGCGCACUACAGAAUAUUGGGAAGAUCGUUCAAUUCGUGCCUCAACGCUGAUGACGCUUUGGGUUUCAGAAGGAUUCUUAAAACCCGUGAGUGGAAAAUGUUGGGAAACAAUAGCAGAAGAGUACUUGAGGGAGUUGGUAGAUAGAAAUCUGAUUUUAGUUGAUGAGUUGGGGGUUAGUGGAAAUGUAAAGUUUUGUAAGAUUCAUGAUUUGUUGAGGGACGUGUGCUUGAAAGAAGUUGAAAAGGAGACGUUUUAUCAUAUCAUAGGAAAAAAGUCUCCUUCAGUCAAAGAUAACGAACGUCGUUGGGUUGUUUUUCAAAGUGCUGGAAGAAGGGCAUGUGAUAGAGAUACAGCUCGAUUGUAUUCAAAAGAUGUUGAUGAGGGACAUGGUUUAAAUUUCCUAGACAAAGUUUUUCAAUUGGUUAACUCACGGUACCUUGCUGUUAGACUUCAUUCAGAGUCCGAAUUCCCAUCUUCAAUCAAUUUGCUUUGGAAUCUAUCUACGUUAAUAGUUCAUGAGCAGUCUGCAGUAUUCCAUAAGUUCGUUGCACCGACUGAGAUAUGGAAAUUGCAUCAACUUAGGCAUCUCGAGUUUGUGGAUGCAGAAUUGAUUCUCCCAGAUCCUCCGAGUGAGAUGGUUAUCAUGGAGAAUCUAGAAACGCUCAGAGGAGUACAUAAUUUGUGUUUGAAUGAGGAGGUGGUUAGAAGAAUUCCCAAUGUCAAGAAAUUACAUCUAAGUUAUUAUACCCAAGAAAUGGAGAGAGCUAACUGCAGUUUGAGGUAUCUUGAGUGUCUGAGUAAAUUGGAAAACUUGUACUUGCGUGGAGGUGAUGAUGCGUAUUUGUGGAGUAUUAGUUUCCCACACUCCCUUAAGAAGUUAUACUUAUCUCUCUAUCAUAAUUCGAGGUUGGAAGAGAUAUUGCAAAAGAUAGGGUGGUCGCCCCUUCUUCAGAAGUUAGUAUUAGAAAAUGGUACCUUCACAACAGGCAAGUGGGACACUAUUGAGGGCCAAUUCCGGAGCCUCAAGCUACUAAAAUUGGAAUGGUGUGGUGGUCUAAAAAAUUGGACGAUGGCAGAGAGCUCCCACUUUCCACUUCUCCAGGAGCUUCGUCUUCGAGGUUUGCAUAACUUGGAGGAGAUCCCAUCCGAAGUUGGCGAAAUAGCAACGCUGAAAUCAAUUACUUUGGAAUAUUGCAGUGAAUCAGCGGUAGAGUCAGCUGCAAAGAUAGUAGAAGAACAACAGGAUUUAUAUGGAGACCAACUUGACCUUCAUGUUCGAGUUCUACUUUGGGACAGAGACGAAAGACUGCAGAGCUUGGCAAGUCCCAACUUUGAAGUUACAGUGAGAGGUUAUUAG